ACGAGUCACUGUUGCCGUUUAAGUCAAGAACUGAGAAUAUUUCAAAUUGUCAAUAUUACUGAAACCUUUUUUUAUUUAUUCAAUUUUUAAUAUGGAUAUCAAAUGCAAACCAAACUAUCACCAAAUUUCACCGUUAACUAAAAUGAACAGUCAAAAACCAUUUUUCCCUAUAAAAUCUGCAGACAAAAAAAAGUCGAAUGAAGUUUUUAAAAGUUUUGACAGUGAAAAUGAUUCAUCACCAACGCAAACGGAAACCUUAGCAAUUAAAAGCUCACCUGAUGUCUAUGGUAAUGGAAUCAUAACACUAAACGACUGUUGCUUUUUAUUCAACUGUCCUUUGUACAGUAAGAAGUCUGAUAUUCAUAAUCAAAAAUUUUUCAAACCCAAAAGUAAUGAUUCAAGACCGAAUAGAACAAAGGAGAGUAUUUGCGUUACGAAUACACGAUAUUCUGUAAUUCCCAACGUUUCUAAGUCAAUGGGAUUUAAAAUUGUCAAAGAUAUGAAAUUAUGGAACAUUUUGUGGACAGAUUCAAUGCCAGGAGUUGAAGUUUAUAAGAAUAUGAAACGUUUUCAACAAAUCAAUCAUUUUCCCGGAAUGAUUGAAAUCUGUAGAAAGGAUCUUCUGUCAAGGAAUUUAAACAGAAUGCUUAAAUUAUUUCCAACUGAAUAUAACAUAUUCCCAAAGACAUGGGUUUUUCCAGCUGAUUUAGGUGCAGCCAUCGCUCAUAGCAAGCAGCGUAAAAACAAGACUUUUAUCCUUAAGCCUGACCAUUGUGCUCAAGGUCGUGGUAUUUGGUUAACCAACGAUUUGAGCAGCAUCAAUCCAAACGAAAGGAUGAUAUGUCAACUCUACAUCCAUAAGCCACUCCUUCUAGAUGGUUAUAAAUUUGAUCUACGAGUUUAUACUCUGAUUACUUCCGUUGACCCGCUACGCAUUUUUGUCUACAACGAAGGCCUUGCUAGAUUUGCAACAAAUAUGUACAAAACUCCAAGUCCCGAAAAUGCAGCUGACUUAUUUAUGCACCUGACAAACUAUGCAGUGAACAAACAUAGCACAGAAUUUUCGAAAUGCGAAGAAAUGGGUAGUAAACGAAAUUUCAAGACCAUAAACAAACUCCUGGCCGAGAAGGGUUGUGAUGUUAAGAAUCUUUGGCAAAAAAUCGAUGACAUUAUAAUAAAAACAGUUUUAAGCGCAUGGCCAAUGUUAAAGCACAAUUAUCACGCAUGUUUUCCAAUGCAUGAUAAAAUUCAAGCCUGUUUUGAGAUUCUAGGCUUUGAUAUUCUUGUCGAUUCAAAUUUAAAACCCUAUAUUCUGGAGGUGAAUCACUCACCAAGCUUUCACACCAAUCAAACGGUUGACCAUGAAGUAAAAGAAGCUUUAAUUCGAGACACUUUUACUUUAAUCGGAACAAUGUUAGCAGACAAGCGUCAAAUUAUCAGAGAAGAUCGAAAGCGGGCAAGGAAGAGGCUUUUGAAAAAACAGCAAAGUGAAGGCAACCAUGAAAUAUUUCAAUACGAUGAAGAAAUCCCUGUCCUUAGUCCAUUGGCUCAGCAAAUUGCAUGGGAAGAAAGUCAUUUGGGUGACUUUCGACGCAUAAUGCCACCCCAAAGUAGUGGUGAACUGAAUAAGUACUGUCAAUUCUUUGAUCUCCAAAAUCAAGCGUCAAUUUAUUCAGAUACAGCAGCUAGUAAACGUCGUGAAAAUGUUGCAAAAAAGUUGCGAUUGGCAAUUAAGCUGAAGCAAGAAAAAAUUCUGGAACCUAUUGCAUUGAAAAAUAAAUCUGUUAAAAAACAUAAUAUUUUAUCGAAAGUCUUUAUUGACAGAAUACGAGCAAAAAGUAUGAAGCGUUAUAAGAACUGGGGACCUUCAUUCAUAUCGGAGACAGAAGAAAGAUUGCGUCUAUUAGCAAUGGCAGAACGAUCAAAAAUUGUCAAGGACUGUAAUAUUUUGGAAAUGAUAUUUCAAUUGUUCUUUUAUUUGAAAAAUUUGAAUGAAUCAGAUAUCAAACAAUAUCCAUAUUUUUAUGGAAAACUUCAAGAGAAAAAGUUGAUAUAUAAAAACAUCAUAUAAAGAUGUUAAAUUUUGUAUCACAUUUCGUUAAAUAAUGUCGUUUUCUUUGUGUAUUACUAAUUGUUCAAUAAUAUUUGAAUUCAGUGCUUAAUAAAGAUCCAAUAA